GUUAGAAAGGAAGAAUAAGGCACUAGCACAGGUGUAUAGUCUGUAGCGUUACGUUAUGUAGAAAUUAGAGGUUAGGCUGGUUGUAGUUUUACCUCUUCUGCUAGUAUAGAGAGCAGCGGAAACAAUCUUAAGAGGAGACAAUAAGAGAGUAUAUAUGUGUAUAAUAUAUAACAGUUGUAACGGCGCAGGCAAGACAAUGGGUCCGAAUGCGGUGGGAGUCCACUCAGAGGCAUAUGGGAGCCUUGUACGAAAGGAUAUCAGAAAACUACCGAGCUAGCUACGGGGGCGAGGUCGAGGUCGGGGCCGAUACAAGGGCCUUCCGGAGGUUCCGGGCGACUCGAGAUGGAACGAUUCAUGAGGAUCCUGUUGUGUCUGCAGGUCUACAAGCUGCAGUCACUGCAGUUGUUGCAGCCAUUGCAGUCACCAUUUCUAAGCUGUUAUCCUCGAAGAAGUUCUACCACUAG